AUACCCUGAUCCUGAUAAGUUAAAGUAAUUUGACUUUGACAAUGACAUCAAGUUUCCGCAUAUACCGGUCGUUUUACUCGAUAUGAAGUUCGAGAGUUCGAGAUACGAUAACGACGAGAGAGUUUAUUAAGCGCCAGUCUGACAUGUUCGUACAGGAACUUCAAGAACAUCGUAGAAAAUAAGUGGCGACAACAACGUACAAUGGGCGUCGGCGUGUGGCGCGCGGUAGUGUUGUGUGCGCUGGUGGGGCUGGCGGGGCUGCCGGGGCUGGCGGGGCUGCAGGGGCUGCAGCCCGAGCCGCGGCCGUGGCGCGCGCUGGGCGCGGCGGCCGCCUUCCGGCUGGAGACCACGCUGCAGCUCAACGACGCGGCGCGCGCCAGCAAGGAGGUCGGCUACAAGCUGCGCGCGCGCCUGCUACUGCGCCCGCGCUGGGCGCGCGAUUCGUCCGAGUACUUGCUGGAGUUCCAGUUGCUCUCUCCCAAGCUGUAUCUCAGAGGCAAGAACGUGAAUGCCGACUUCAUGCCAUACGACUCGGUGUGGGACUCUGUCGGGGACACCACCUUCUAUGCACACUGGAGCCACGGAUUGAUCAAAGAAGCUUAUCUCAACCCUGAUGAGUUAACAGAUGUGGCCAAUUACCAGAAAGCAAUAAUUAGUCUGUUUCAGUUUCAAAUGUUGAGCGGAGAACAUAAUGAGACAGACGUGUCGGGCUCCUGUGAUGUACUCUAUGAAAGUAUUUCUGGAGAUGUGUUCAGGAAAAUAAAGAGACGCUGCUUGGGAGACGAAGAAGCCGGAGUAGUCAGUGCUCGGCGACUGGCGCGCUACUCCUUGAGCGGGGAGCGGCUCGGGGCGCUGCAUGCAGAGGAACUGCUGGCCGUCGGACACGCACAGCUCGGGCUCAAGCUGCGCUCCUGGCACUCGCUGCAGGCCGACGAGGCCGCGGCGCCCGCGCCCGGCCCCGCGCCCGCCGCCGACCUGGGCGCCGACCUGGCCGCCGCGCUGGCGCUAGUGCCCGCCGGGCUGCGCGCGGAGCCGCUGAGCCUGCGCCCCGCUGUCAUCCUCCCGCACGCUGGCGCCCCCGAUGGCCGCAUCCUCACCGUCACAUUGCAAAUGAUGCCACCUUAG